AUGGGCCUGAUCGUCUUUAUAGAAGUGCGGGGGGUAUUUUUUUUUGGGUCUCCUUUAUACAACUUGACACAUUUAAUAUCUUUCUUCCACAGCUGUCCCGAUCUGUCCACGCUACAGAUAUCAUCCCUGCCACAACCCGCGAACGACGAUCCGUCCAGCAUUGAGGGGAAACUUGUUACUGCACCACCUUCCCGCUCUACCUCGCCCGACGCCUUGAGCCUCCGCUCUGGAUCCCGAAAGCUUGUGUCGACUAAGAAGCGGGUCUCAAGAAAGGCGCGCGGCGUCCUAGGCAAGGUUCGGGCCUUCCAAAGGAUCGCUGCGGCCAAAAUGGCACAUCCCACCAUCAAGAUUGACACAAGCGUCCAAGCGACCAAGCGCGCUCUCCCCGAGGACAACGAAAGCUUCGAGAUUUUGGAUGGCCCCGAUCAGGAUGACCCGGGCCUGGAAGCUGGAGAUACGGAAUCUGUACCACCCUUUCUUUGCCAGUCGGUCUUAGAAAUCCACCAAAAAUUCGAGGAACUAGAAUGGAUGCAACGAGCACGUCUCGCGGAAGGGAUGUUAGCCAAUGAUCCUUCGCAUCGUUGGGCGUUGGAGGUCGAGCCGGAGGUUAAGGCAAGAAACCGAUAUCUGAAUGUGCAGGCGUGGGCGAACUCUCGUGUUCAUCUCCGAGUAAAUGAUGGCGAGUGUGAUUUCAUUAAUGCCUCGCCGAUCGCUCUGACGGAUUCCGUAUCCCAGGAGGAGAGAAGGUAUAUCGCGACACAGGGACCGAAAGUAGGGAAUAUCUCUCACUUCUGGCAUAUGGUUUUCCAUGAAACGAAGGAAGUCGGUGUCAUCGUAAUGCUGACGCAAACGUUCGAGUCCGGUCGAGAAAAAUGCUCCCAGUAUUUCCCACUCAACGCCGAUAAUCCUUUGAUACUUCUGCGAGAAAACGAGAGUGACCCAUUUGUGAGCAACGAGAACCACCAAAUCAGGGAAGAAAACAUUGUGGGUCAGGUUGCGCUGUUAGAGACCACUUUUGACGAGAGCUCUCGCUCCGAAAUCCGCAAAUUGCGACUCACUCUGGGUAUGGAGUCAAAGGUAGUUUGGCAUUACCUCUUUGCUGGUUGGGCGGAUUAUUCCAAGCCCGAAGGCGACGACCGUAGCGCACUUCUUCAUUUGAUUGAGCAGUCAGGUGCCAAGAGCUCCCCAGAUAACCCACGCAUCGUGCAUUGUAGUGCUGGUGUUGGCCGAACAGGCACUUUCAUUGCCCUCGAUCACCUUCUCCUGGAGCUACAGUCAGGCCAAUUAUUGCAAGUGACUGGCCCAGAUGUUGACCCGGUCUUUGAAACGGUCAAUCAAAUGCGCGAGCAGAGAAUGAUGAUGGUGUAUAAUGAGAUGCAGCUUCAAUUUAUUUACGAAGUCUUGCGCGAGCAGACUGAUCGGAAGCUUGGAAAGGCCCCUGAAACUAUCGGGCGCAAAUCCGAUGAGCGGUCAUCGAAAAUGGCCAAAUUAUCUACCGAGAUCGAUUACCUGCCCUCCUCCAAACCAGAGUUAGAGCCUGUUCCUGAUCGUACCUUCACACCAACUAGAAGCUGGUCGGGGACCCCAGAAGUCUCUGAUAAUGAAUAA